AUGAGCUAUGAGGAAAUAUCUGUACGUUCCUGUGUAAUGAAGACAGGUUCUUCCACCUGGAAAAAUGUCCACACUCUUCUUCCACCAAAAGGAACUCCUGCUGUAACUGGAAGAAGUUUAGAAACAUCCACAGUUUCUCCCAAGACUUCAUUCUCAGCUGCUAGGAAGAAAACACUAGACACCAAGAAACCUCCACUUCAGGGAUGUUCACCAGCAACAUGUUUUGUUGAGAUAAGAAUGCUGGAACAAGGUGACGUUUUUGGGUUGGCAGAAGCAUUGGACAAUUCCUGUGACCUUCAUGUGUACCUGGUUAGUGAAGGAGUGGAGUGCAUUUUUAUUCCCAAAAGCUUGUUUCUAGCAGAAGCCAGCCCUGAAUUCAGGAGAACUGCUGUAGGGCUGGUGUGCGCAUACCCCACAGAGGAGGACAUUAGGGAGUACCUGGUGGAGCGACAAGCGUGGAAUGAGUACAAGGCCAGACUCUUGGCUCAGCAGCUGAAGACAGGAAGCUGACCCCUUGGCUCAGCUCAUUU